AUGGAAAGUGAAGAUGAAACUAAAGAUCUGUUUUUCGAGGUGCGGCGAGGAAAAACCCACAUAUUUUGCGAUGCCAAGGAAUCCAGCAAGGUCAUCGAGCUAAAAAAGAUCAUCGCUGGUAUCCUUAAGACUAAGCCUGAAGAUCAGGUGCUGUAUUUGAACGACAAAAUACUUGACGACGAUCAACUGCUGAGUGAUUGUGGCUUUACAACCGAAAGUGCUCGUGUACAGCAACCGGCUUUAGUUGGGCUUGUACUGCGGAAAGCGGACGGAACAUUCGAAGACCUUCAGGUCGACUCCUUGUCAGAACCCCCUCCUCUUCCAGAUAUCAUGCGGACGCAGAUGGAUCCCCCGCUGCCACCGUCCAAAAUUCAAGAGCCCGGAAUCAUUUGA